GGUGCCCCGGCGGUCCAUGGACCGGAACCCCGGGCGGACCGGCAGGAACCCGGGCCGCGAUCGCCGCCUCCUGGCCCCAGGCUCCUCCUCCUCGCUCCCCGCCGCCCUCUGCGGACGCCCGCCGGCCGCGCACCGCCGCGGGCCUGUCAGAGCCGCGCCGGGAGGCUGUGUGGCGGGGCCGCGGGCGCCGCGGGACUGAGGCCUACUCCGCCGCCUCUCAGUGCUAUUGUCCCCGGGCCUGGCCCUGAGCGGGGCUGCGGCCGAGGGCCGAACUCGCCGGCUCCGCGGAAGAUGCCGGACCAAGCCCUUCAACAGAUGCUGGACAGAAGUUGCUGGGUGUGUUUUGCCACCGAUGAAGAUGAUAGAACAGCUGAAUGGGUGAGACCAUGCAGAUGCAGAGGAUCUACUAAGUGGGUUCACCAGGCUUGUCUGCAACGCUGGGUGGAUGAAAAGCAAAGAGGAAACAGUACAGCCAGAGUGGCAUGUCCUCAGUGCAAUGCUGAAUACCUAAUAGUUUUUCCAAAGUUGGGUCCAGUCGUUUAUGUCUUGGAUCUUGCAGAUAGACUGAUCUCAAAAGCUUGCCCUUUUGCUGCAGCAGGAAUAAUGGUUGGAUCUAUCUAUUGGACAGCUGUGACUUAUGGAGCAGUGACAGUGAUGCAGGUUGUAGGCCAUAAAGAAGGGCUAGAUGUCAUGGAGCGAGCUGACCCUUUAUUCCUUUUGAUUGGACUUCCUACUAUUCCUGUCAUGCUGAUACUGGGCAAAAUGAUCCGCUGGGAGGACUAUGUGCUUAGACUAUGGCGCAAAUAUUCAAAUAAACUACAAAUUCUGAACAGUAUAUUUCCAGGGAUUGGUUGUCCUGUUCCUCGAAUUCCAGCUGAAGCUAAUCCUUUAGCUGAUCAUGUCUCUGCUACCCGAAUUUUGUGUGGAGCCCUUGUCUUUCCUACCAUUGCGACAAUAGUUGGUAAACUGAUGUUCAGUAGUGUUAACUCAAAUUUACAAAGGACAAUCUUGGGUGGAAUUGCUUUUGUUGCCAUAAAAGGAGCAUUUAAGGUUUACUUCAAACAGCAGCAAUAUUUACGUCAGGCACACCGCAAAAUCCUAAAUUAUCCAGAACAAGAAGAAGCAUAAAACUGACUUCUGGCUGUUCUGAGGCCUCUCAUCCUGACGAGCCUGUUGUGUUGUUCUGAUUCCAUCAUUAAUGCACUAGUGGAGACUGGUGAUAAAUACUGCUCCUAUAUUUUUAAGAAAUAUAAUAAAGCACGCAAAGCAGGGGAUCCUUUCAGUAAUCACAGAACCUAAGGAUACGAUUCAACUUGGUCAUUUAUAUGUACUGCUUUGACGGCUGUCGACUAAACCAUUAUCUUAGCAUGGUAAACCUGGGUUUGUUCAUAUUUUUCCAGACAAAAUGUAAAGAUAAAACUGUAUAAAUAUUAAAAUGGACAUGCUGUUUUA